CUUUCGUAAUUUCUUGGGCGACGAAAGUCCAUUUUCUUUGAAUAUUGAAGGCUACAGAUCACGGAUUCGGCCUGAGGCUAUUCUCCAACGAUGAUUAAGUCCAUUAAGCACCGAUUUGGGCAGAUUUAUUCCGGCUCAAUUUUUGGCAGAUUCCAAAGCGGUACCAUCACAUAUUUCGGGCGAUUUAUCCCAAAUGCCAUUUUCUUUUGAUUCUGGAGGCUACAUAUCACGGAAUCAGGACGAGGUUAUUAUCCACAGAUAAUGAAGUCUAAUGAUCCUAUUCUCCACGGAUGAUAAGUCCGUUAAGCAUCGAUUUGGGCCAAUUUAUUUUCGGAUGUCAUUUUUGUAAUUUCUUGGGCGACGAAAGUCCAUUUUCUUUGAAUAUUGAAGGCUACAGAUCACGGAUUCGGCCUGCGGAUAUUCUCCAACGAUGAUUGAGUCCAUUAAACACCGAUUUGGGCUGAUUUAUUCCGGGUCAAUUUAUGGCAGAUUCCAAAGGGGUACCAUCAUAGAUUUCGGGCGAUUUAUCCGAAAUGCCAUUUUCUUUUGAUUCUGGAAGCUACAGAUCCCGGAAUCAGGUCGAGGCUAUUAUCCACCGAUAAUGAAGUCUAUUGAUCCUAUUCUCCACGGAUGAUAAGUCCGUUAAGCAUUCGAUUUGGGCCAAUUUAUUUUUGAAUUGCAUUUUCGUAAUUUCUUGGGCGAUGAAAGUCCAUUUUCUUUGAAUAUUGAAGGCUAUAGAUCACGGAUUCGGCCUGACGCUAUUCUCCAACGAUGAUUGAGUCCAUUAAGCACCGAUUUGGGCAGAUUUAUUCCGGGUCAAUUUUUGGCAGAUUCCAAAGGGGUACCAUCACAGAUUUCGGGCGGUUUAUCCGAAAUACCAUUUUCUUUCGAUUCUGGAGGCUACAGAUCACGGAAUCAGGCCGAGGCUAUUAUCCACCGAUAAUGAAGUCUAUUGAUCCUAUUCUCCAUGGAUGAUAAGUCCGUUAAGCAUCGAUUUGGGCCAAUUUAUUUUCGGAUGGCAUUUUUGUAAUUUCUUGGGCGACGAAAGUCCAUUUUCUCUGAAUAUUGAAGGCUACAGAUCACGGAUUCGGCCAGAAGCUAUUCUCCAAUGAUGAUUGAGUCCAUUAAGCACCGAUUUGGACGGAUUUAUUCCGGCUCUAUUUUUUGUAGAUUCCAAAGGGGUACCAUCACAUAUUUCGGGCGAUUUAUCCGAAAUGCCAUUUUCUUUUGAUUCUGGAGGGUACAGAUCACGGAAUCAGGCCGAGGCUAUUAUCCACCGAUAAUGAAGUCUAUUGAUCCUAUUCUCCACGGAUGAUAAUUCCGUUAAGCUUCGAUUCGGGCCAAUUAAUUUUCGGAUGGCACUUUCGUAAUUUCUUGGGCGACGAAAGUCCAUUUUCUUUGAAUAUUGAAGGCUACAGAUCACGGGUUCGGCCUGAGGCUAUUCUCCAACGAUGAUUGAGUCCAUUAAGCACCGAUUUGGUUGGAUUUAUUCCGGGUCAAUUUUUGGCAGAUUCCAAAUGGGUACCAUCACAGAUUUCGGGAGAUUUAUCCGAAAUACAAUUUUCUUUCGAUUCUGGAGGCUAAAGAUCACGGAAUCAGGCCGAGGCUAUUAUCCACCAAUAAUGAAGUCUAUUGAUCCUAUUCUCCACGGAUGAUAAGUCUGUUAAGCAUAGAUUUGGGCAAAUUUAUUUUCGAUGUCAUUUUCAUAAUUUCUUGGGUGACGAAAGUCCAUUUUCUUUGAAUAUUGAAGGCUACAGAUCACGGAUUCGGCCUGAGGCUAUUUACCAACGAUGAUUGAGUCCAUUAAGCACCGAUUUGGGCUGAUUUAUUCCUGGUCAAUUUUUGGCAGAUUCCAAAGGAGUACCAUCACAGAUUUCAGGAGAUUUAUCCGAAAUGCCAUUUUCUUUCGAUUCGGGUGGCUACAGAUCACGGAAUCAGGCCGAGGCUAUUACCCACAGAUAAUGAAGUCUAUUGAUCCUAUUCUCCACGGAUGAUAAGUCCGUUAAGCAUCGAUUUUUACCAAUUUAUUUUCGGAUGACAUUUUCGUAAUUUCUUGGUCGACGAAAGUCCAUUUUCUUUGAAUAUUGAAGGCUACAGAUCACGGAUUCGGCCUGAUGCUAUUCUCCAACGAUGAUUGAGUCCAUUAAGCACCGAUUUGGGCGCAUUUAUUCCGUGUCAAUUAUUGGCAGAUUCCAAAGGGGUACCAUCACAGAUAUCGGGCGAUUUAUCCGAAAUGCCAUUUUCUUUCGAUUCUGGACGCUACAGAUCACAGAGUCAGGCCGAGGCUAUUAUCCACCGAUAAUGAAGUCUAUUGAUCCUAUUCUACACAGAUGAUAAGUCCGUUAAGCAUCGAUUUGGGCCAAUUUAUUUUCAGAUGGCAUUUUCAUAAUUUCUUGGGCGACGAAAGUCCAUUUACUUUGAAUAUUGAAGGAUACAGAUCACGGAUUCGGCCUGAGGCUAUUCUCCAACGAUAAUUGAGUCCAUUAAGCACCGAGUUGGGCCGAUUUAUUCCGGGUCAAUUUUUGGCAGAUUCCAAAGGGGUACCAUCACAGAUUUCGGGCGAUUUAUCUGAAAUGCCAUUUUCUUUCGAUUCAGGAGGUUGCAGUCACGGAAUCAGACCGAGGCUAUUAUCCACCGAUAAUGAAGUCUAUUGAUCCUAUUCUCCACGGAUGAUAAGUCCGUUAAGCUUCGAUUCGGGCCAAUUAAUUUUCGGAUGGUACUUUCUUAAUUUCUUGGGCGACGAAAGUCCAUUGUUUUUGAAUAUUGAAGGCUACAUAUCACGGAUUCGGCCUGAGGUUAUUCUCCAACGAUGAUUGAGUCCAUUAAGCACCGAUUUGGGCGGAUUUAUUCCUGGUUAAUUUUUGGCAGAUUCUAAAGGGGUACCAUCACAGAUUUCGGGCGAUUUAUCCGAAAUGCCAUUUUCUUUCGAUUCUGGAAGAUACAGAUCACGGAAUCAGGUCGAGGCUAUUAUCUACCGAUAAUGAAGUCUAUUGAUCCUA